GCCAACGCCUCCUCCUUGUCACUGUUUUCCCUGAUAAAAAGGUUGAUUUCGCUCUCCACCUGUCACGAUUGCCCAUUGGGCGUCAACUGUGCCAUCUGAAGAUCAUGGAAGGUGAAACAGAUAACAUGGUUUCCCCAAUGGAUGAGCAGGAUAAGCUCCUGGAUGAGGCCAUGGGUGCCGUCCGGGGACAGGCUUUCCAGAUGAAGAGAUGUUUAGACAAGGGCCGCCUAAUGGAUGGACUGAAACAUGCUUCAAACAUGCUGGGUGAACUUAGAACAUCUUUGCUGUCUCCCAAGACCUAUUAUGAAUUAUAUAUGUGCAUUUGUGAUGAACUUCGGCAUUUGGAAAUGUACCUCAUUGAUGAGUUCCAGAAGGGUCACCGAGUGGCAGACCUAUACGAGCUAGUCCAAUAUGCAGGAAAUAUUGUACCACGACUAUACUUGCUGAUCACAGUUGGACUGGUGUACAUCAAGACUAAUGAAACGUGCAAGCGAGACAUUCUGAAGGACCUGGUGGAGAUGUGCCGAGGAGUCCAGCAUCCCCUGCGUGGUCUCUUCCUGAGGAACUACCUUCUUCAGUGCAGCAGGAACAUUCUGCCUGAUACAGAAGACCCUCCAGUUGGUCAUAACCCAGAGGAAUUCCCAGCAGGAUCUAUAUCAGACAGUGUAGAUUUCAUUCUGAUGAACUUUGCGGAGAUGAAUAAGCUGUGGGUAAGGAUGCAGCAUCAGGGACAUUCACGAGACAAAGAGAAAAGAGAACGAGAGAGACAGGAGUUGCGUAUCUUAGUGGGAACCAAUCUGGUUCGUCUGUCUCAGCUGGAGCACGUUGAUGUAGAGAGGUAUAAAAAGAGUGUUUUGCCUGGAAUUUUGGAGCAGGCUGUAAGUUGCAGAGACCCUCUUUCUCAGGAAUAUCUAAUGGAAUGCAUAAUUCAGGUGUUCCCGGAUGAGUUCCAUUUGCAGACACUAAGUGCUUUUCUGAAGGCAUGUGCUGAGCUUCACUCUGAGGUCAACGUGAAGAACAUUAUCAUUUCUCUCAUUGACCGACUUGCCAACUUUGCUCACCGGGAGGAUGGCACAGGCAUUCCAGAUGAGAUCAAGUUGUUUGAAAUCUUUUCUGAACAGGUCUCACAAGUUAUCAAGUCUCGUCCUGAUAUGCCAAUGGAAGACACAGUCAGUCUUCAAGUGUCUUUAGUUAACUUGGCACAGAAAUGCUACCCUGAAGAGAUAGACUAUGUUGAUAAAGUCAUGCAGAAUACUCUUGAAGUUUUCCAGAAGCUGAACAUUGACAAGAUCCACUCUGGCUGUGCACUUGGGAAAGAAUUGAGUCGUCUCCUGCGCUUGCCAGCUGACAAUUAUAACAACCUUCUCACAGUUCUGCAGCUGCAAUACUACACCCCAUUACUCAACCUCCUAGAUUACAGUGGUCGCAAGAUCUUAAGCACCUAUCUGGUGACUAAUGCUGUGGAUAAUGAGACUUGCAUACCAACCCAAGAGCAGGUUGAUGCAGUACUUUCCAUGAUUGCAUCCUUGAUCUGUGACCAGUCUGAUCAACCUUUGGUCGACCCAGACCCUGAAGAUUUGGCUGAGGAGCAAGGGUUAUUGGCCAGAUUCCUUCAUCUUUUCAAGUCCACAAACAGUGAUCAGCAGUAUCUGAUUUUGACAACUGCUCGUAAACAUUUAGGUGCUGGUGGUAACAAGAGAGUUCUGUAUACACUCCCUCCGCUAGUGUUCCAGGCUUAUCAGCUGGCUUUCAAGUAUCAUGCAGAAAGAGAAGAGGAUGAUAAAUGGAGCAAGAAGGUGCACAAGAUCUUCCAGUUCAGCCAUCAGACAAUCACAGCUUUGGUCAAGGCAGAGUAUGCAGAGCUACCAUUGCGAUUGUUCUUACAAGGUGCUCUUGCAAUAGACAAGAUUGACUUUGAAAACCAUGAAACUGUUGCCUAUGAGUUUAUGUCACAGGCUUUUUCCCUGUAUGAGGAUGAAAUUAGUGAUAGCAAAGCUCAACUGGCAGCCAUGACUUUGAUCAUGGGCACCUUCCAACAAACAACUUGCUUCAGUGAAGAAAAUCAUGAGCCCCUCCGAACGCAGUGUGCUCUUGCAGCCUCAAAGUUGCUCAAGAAACCUGACCAAGCUCGAGGUGUGACUACUUGUUCUCACCUGUUCUGGUCAGCACGAUCCUUAGCUACCAACAAGGAGGAGUUAAGGGAUGAGAAGAGAGUGCUGGAGUGUUUAAAGAAAGCUGUGCGCAUUGCUAACCAGUGUAUGGAUCCUUCUGCACAAAUCCAGCUCUUUGUUGAACUCCUCAAUCACUAUAUAUACUUUUAUGAAAAGGGAAAUACUCAGGUGACAGUUGCUAUGCUUAAUCAGCUGAUCAGCAAAGUGAAGGAGGACCUGGCCAACUUGGAAACUACUGAAGAUA